AAAAAAGCCUUCAAGAAAGAAAGGAGCAAGGGCUGGAGAUUUAGCUCGGUGAUAGAGUGCUUGCCUAGCAUUUACAACGCCCCGAGAUGGAUCCCCAGUGCCAGCCAUCAAAAAAAGAGGUUAAGGAGGAAGGAGAAGCUGACCAGAAAAGCCAGGGAAAUGCGAACCGGACUGGAAACAGGGUUCCAAGAGGAGCAAUCCAGACAGUAACACAGAAUCUCACUAGGGCAGAACAGGUAAUUUGAGGAGGGAGCCACAGAACAAAGACUAGCUGGAAAUAAGGGGAGAUUGAGGUCUAGGGUGAGUAUGUACAUAGGGAUGAAGUAAGAGAACUCCAAAGAAGAUGGGGGAGAAACAGGGUAACAGGAAGUGGGAAGACUGAGGCAGGCCUGGGUGGCUUGUGGGGCGAUUUGAAGCUGAUGUCUACGUAAAGCCACUCCCUGGAUCCUGAGGACCUCAUAGUGAUCUUUGCCCCACCACACCUCAGCCCUGACAGACUAUGUGCCAGGAAAAUCUUGUCUGCACUGAGCUACCAGCUGAGUCCCAACCCUUUGGAGCGGCUGCCUCAGACUAGGAAGCACCACUCUGAGAGUCAAGGGAACCAUGGAUCCUACCGCUGAUCUGCCGAGGCAGGAGAGACCCGGCCUUCGUCUGGAAAAGCUACAGCACUGGGCGAGACACAGGCAAAGUGGACACCUAUUGGUGGUGGCGGUGAGCCAGUUAUGGCUGGCAGUAGCCAUGGUGCCCUUCACAGUCUCAAUUGCAUGCCUGAACUCUGCCUGUCACAUGGCCACAGCACUGCCACUCUGGGCUGGAGCCUCGGGUCUCCUCACUGGGAUUAUCACCCUGGAGCUUCGAAGAGAGCCUUGCAUCUGGAAGGUGCGGGCCAUGAUGAUAUCCAACCUCUUCAACCUGAUCUUGGGCUUCAUCGUGGUGGUGAUGGAGCUGAUGAAGACAGCCUUGGGGCCUGCCUCUAAUGCCCCCUCCCAGUUGACAGGGUUGCUGGUGCUGGAGCUCAGCGCGGAGGCCUUCACCCUAGGAGGAGUGCUGGUCUCAACCUACGCCCUAUUCUUGCUGAGCCAGAGGAAGCCAGGAUGCUUCACGAGGUCAAGUCUGCACUACCAGGAGUUACAGGAGGGUCUCUCUGAGUUGGAGGAGGUUUCUGGUUUGGAGAAUGGUCCCGUGGUGACUAGCACAGGAAACAGAACAGAUGAGUGAGUGGGCAAGACAGGUGCCAGUGCCCUCCUACGCCAAGAGGGGCAUUCUCCAGGCGCUUUGGCGGUGUGCCCUUCCCUCGGACUCUAACUGAACUCCCCCAAAGAUGUGCAUGAAGCCCGGGGGAGCGCCUUCAGCUUCCUUUCAAACCAGGCCCAUAUCUCUUCUCUUCCCCACUAGAGGAAGAUAAUGUCUGGACUAGUGACCUCCCUCACCUCACUCCUGGUCAAGCUGCUUCCUCCCUUGCAUUCUCCGCCUUCUUCCUCCCUGCCUCUCCAUCCAGCUUCACAUCUGCCUCAUCUCACUGUUUGCGUCUGUUCACCUUUCACAAUCCCAUCCACUCCGAGCCCGGUUGCUGCACCCGCCAGCCAACCCAGAAUCCGCGUCCGUCCGUUGUGCUCCAGGUCUCCCUUGGAUCCGGGUCCUGCCUAGUUUCCUGGAGACUACAAAUCCCAGGAUGCCCCGCUACCCCGUGACCUACUGGAAAAUAAAGAGCCUUCCCUCGGCGGCGGGGGCGCUGUGCA